AUGUCGUCGCCUGUCGCUGAACGUGUCACCUACUUGGUAGGUGGCGCUGCCCUUGGUGCUGUCUCGUACGCUGCCUAUCAAAAGUUUGCCCAAAAACCUCGUCCUGCUGCCAUUGCCCACCCUGUUCCUUCACCAGUAGCACCUGUCAGUGGCCCGAAUGUACCUGGCCCAGCAGCUGGAGGUCCACAACGUUCAUUAGACACGAUUGAAAAGGCCAAAUCAAUUUUGCCUUUUGGUUUUCCUGGACCGAUCAAUGACAUUGUGUACCGUAAUGCCUACGUCGUGUCCUACAAUCGCCGCGAUCGUAAUCCCAACUGGGUCGCUGAACACUUGACGGCCGCUUCAAUUCAGCGACAAGAAGGCGUUGACCGAGCCAAAUCCAAUUUCCAAGAAGACGACCAUAUCCCACCCCAGUUCCGUGCUCGUCUUGCCGACUAUUUCAAGAGCGGAUUUGAUCGGGGCCACAUGGUCCCUGCAGCCGACGUCAAGUUCGAUCAACAAGCCAUGAACGAGACGUUCUAUCUGACCAACAUUUCACCUCAAGUCGGUGAAGGCUUCAAUCGUGACUAUUGGGCCCACGUGGAGAACUUUUGUCGGUCCUUGACCAAGACAUUCCCUGACGUCUAUGUGUUCACUGGCCCCUUGUAUCUGCCUCGCCAAGAGGCUGAUGGCAAGUUCUAUGUCAAAUACCAAGUCAUCGGUAACCCGCCCAACGUGGCUGUCCCUACCCAUUUCUACAAGGUCAUUCUCACCGAGCACAAUGGCAAGUACAGUGUCGGCGCAUUCGUUUUGCCCAACGCACGCAUUCCGGACGAUGUCCCUCUCGAACGUUUCCGCGUGCCCUUGGAUGCAGUAGAGCGUGGCGCUGGUCUUACCUUCUUUGACAGAAUGGAUAAGAACGGUCUGCACGAUCUGUGCAAGGAGACCAAGUGCCAGCUUGUUCUGUCCAAGUUCCACGAAGCUCAGAAGCAAAAGAAGAUCUCAUCAUAA